CUUUUCGUUUUCAAUCCAAAAACCCAAAAAAACAAAAAAAGGAGAGGCAGUAAAUUGAGAGAGAAAAGGAGACUUUAAUGGCGACAACAUUACACGCACACCUUCCACCACUUCCCAAAACAACUCACUCCUCUUCCUCUUCCUCUACUCUCUCUCCCAUGGCGACUUCUGCAGCUUUUGGCUCUCGUCUUCUUCCCUCCGCCGCCAGAGCCACCGCCUCACUCGCUCUCCCUUCCCGCUCCUCCUCUUCCUCUUCCUCGCUCAAAUGCCUCCGAUCUUCUCCUUUCGUCUCUCGUCUCUUCCUAAACCAGAGAAGAACGUCGGUUUUCUUAUCGGCCAGGGGUUUCAGCGCGGUUUCCGCUCCGAAAUGCUUCGCUUCUGAUCCGGACCAGUUGAAGAAUGCUAGAGAAGAUAUCAAGGAGCUUCUCAAGACCAAUUUCUGCCAUCCUAUUUUGGUUCGCCUGGGAUGGCAUGAUGCUGGUACUUAUAACAAGAACAUUGAGGAGUGGCCGCAAAGAGGCGGAGCUAAUGGAAGUUUGAGAUUUGAGAUUGAGCUCAAACAUGGAGCCAAUGCAGGUCUCGUGAAUGCAUUGAAACUUCUUCAGCCAAUUAAAGAGAAAUACUCUGGUGUGACAUAUGCAGACUUGUUCCAGUUGGCCAGUGCUACUGCAGUGGAGGAUGCUGGGGGACCGAAAAUCCCUAUGAAGUAUGGAAGAGUAGAUGUGUCAGAACCUGCACAGUGCCCAGAAGAAGGGCGACUUCCUGAUGCUGGCCCUCCUUCACCUGCUGAUCAUCUUCGAGAGGUUUUCUACAGAAUGGGUUUAAAUGACAAAGAAAUUGUUGCACUAUCUGGUGCUCAUACACUGGGAAGGUCCAGACCAGAGCGUAGUGGUUGGGGCAAGCCAGAAACAAAAUAUACGAAAGAUGGGCCAGGAGCACCUGGAGGACAGUCCUGGACUGUGAAAUGGUUGAAGUUUGACAAUUCUUACUUUAAGGAUAUUAAAGAGAGGAAGGAUGAAGAUCUACUCGUGUUGCCAACUGAUGCUGUUCUUUUUGAUGACCCGUCUUUCAGAGUAUAUGCUGAGAAAUAUGCUGAAGAUCAGGAAGCAUUCUUCAAGGAUUAUGCUGAAGCCCAUGCUAAACUUAGCAAUCUCGGGGCGAAAUUUGAUCCUCCAGAGGGUAUUGUGCUCGAUGAUGGUUCUUCAAAACCCGUUGGAGAGAAGUUUGUAGCAGCUAAAUACUCCACUGGGAAGGACUAAAUAACCAAGUAUCAUGUUUUCUUAUGCCGUGUGUUUUAAUAAAAUACAAGAUGAAGCUUUUUUCAAACCCUUGUGAACUCACAUCUAUAAAUUGGAAGUCUUAAAAUGAAGAACAGGAAUAAGAAAAUUCAAUAGUGUUGUUACCUAUUUGAAUUGCAGAGAGAGCUGUCAGAUUCUAUGAAGCAGAAGAUUCGAGCAGAGUACGAAGCCGUAGGCGGAACCCCAGAUAAGCCUUUAAAGUCCAAUUAUUUUCUGAAUAUCAUGAUAGUGAUUGCUGUUUUGGCAUUUUUGACAUCACUAGUUGGAAAUUAGAGCUUGGACUUUUUAUAAAAUGAUAUUACAUUGUUGGUACCUGGUUUGUACUCUAAUUCAAUGGAGGCAGUCCAAAUUGGGAAUGGUCCCUUCUGUUCUUUA